AUGGGACCUGAAAUGGAACAGAACACACCACCAGAAACCACACAAGUCUACUGGAGCAGACUGUGCAACACCUCAGUUGAUACACCGGAAAUACAGCACCACUACAUGAAAUGGAAACCAUGGAUCAACACACUAGGACCCUAUGGCCCUCCCCUGGAUCCUCUACACUGCACCUACAACUACCUACGCAGACCAGAUGAUGAGUACCAGCAAGCAUGGGAAGAAGAUAAAGAAGAAAUGACUGAACAACUAUCCAUCACUGACAUCUAUGUGGGAGCACAAGGUGUCGCUGCAUACUGUGAACUAACUCCUGAACAGAAAACCUGGUAUGCCCUGAGACAUGAGAGUGAGCCACACGUCACCGUCAAAUUAAGACCACACCAAUUGCCCUGCUGGCGUCCCCAAUACAGACUCAAACAAGAACAGGUGGAAGGGAUCGAUGACACCAUACGAGGAUUACUCACAGCAGGUGUAUUAAGACCAACUAAAUCUCCAUGGAACACACCAAUACUGCCAGUCCCAAAAGCAGAAAAUAAAGGAUGGAGAAUGGUACCUGACCUACGACAAAUUAACCAAGCUACCACCACUGAAAACAUUCCUGUUCCAGACCCCUAUGUUGCUUUACAUAAUCUGAAUCCCACUCACACACACUUCACUGUCAUCGACCUAGCAAAUGCAUUUUUCUGCCUACCUCUCGCUCCAGAAGUACAAGAUAUAUUUGCCUUCACCUACAAAGGGAAACAGUACACCUACAACCGAAUGCCACAAGGAUACAAAGACAGCCCAGGACUCUUCAACCAAGCAUUGAGAGAAGAUUUAAAACAUCUCCAACUGCCACAAGGAACUAUCCUGAUCCAAUAUGUUGAUGACUUAUUGUUGGCAAGCCCAACACCACAAGCAUGUCUAAAAACUACAACAGAUCUUUUGAUACUCCUUGCCAACGCAGGCUACAAGGUCAAAAGAGAAAAAACACAGGUGUGUAGACGAAAAGUUACAUUCCUGGGAAGAUUAAUUUCUGCUAAUAGCCUCACGUUGACAUCAUCGCAAAGAAAUUCCAUUCUCUCACACGGAAAACCAAAGACUGUGCAACAGAUGCUAGCAUUUCUUGGACUCACAGGAUACUCCAGGAACCACGUGCCAGAUUAUGUGUCCCUCACUCAACCACUUAGGGAAAUGCUAUCAGUGGCUGGAAACAUAAAUCUCACUGCUACCCUUGAUUGGACACCCGAAGGAGAAGCCUUCACCCACAUUAAACAAGCCCUAGGACAAGCAGCACAUCUCUGCUCCCCAGACUACACCCAGCCAUUCUAUCUUGAUGUUUCAGAAACAGGAAGCAUUAUAAAUGCUGUCCUGUUUCAGAAAAAAGAGGGAGAAAGGAGAGUACUGAUGUACCACAGUUCCAGACUGGACAAUAUUGAACAAGGGCAAACAGGAUGUGCCAGACAUCUAGCAGCCCUAACUAGGGCUAUAGACAAAACAUCACAUGUGGUCAUGUGCCAUCCCCUAAAAAUCAACACUUCACAUGGAGUAAUUGCAUUCCUGAGCUCCAACGCAUUUACUUUCUCCCCGGUAAGAAAAAUCAAGAUUUCUGACAUCCUGAAGCAACCACACAUCAGUUAUGAAACUGAAAGAACCAAUAUGGCCAAUGGACUGAACUCAGAAGAACAUGAACCACAUGACUGUGAAUUUGUAGCACAAAAAGACUUGAAACUCAGAGAAGACCUAAAAGAACUGGUAAAUCCAGAAAUGACAUUAUACUGUGAUGGCUGCUGUUAUAGAGGGGAUCAAGGAAAUGUAGCCUCAUAUGCAGUAGUACAACAACAGGGACAGCAAAUUGAGACCCUAGACUCAGAAGUCAUUCCCCAACCAGCCUCUGCCCAAUUAGCUGAAGUGAUAGCAUUAACCAAAGCUUUAGAAAUAGGGAAAGACAAAAGAGUAAACAUUUACACUGACUCAGCAUAUGCACAUGGCGCAGUACACAUAGAUGGCCCACAAUGGCUGAGAAGGGGAUUCCUGACCAGUCAAAAAACUCCAGUUAAACAUGCCAGUGCACUUCAAAAUCUUCUCAAAGCCAUCCUACUCCCUGCCCAGAUAGCAGUAAUGAAAUGUAAAGGACACCAAAAUUCAAUCUCAGCGGGGACCAGAGCCAGGGCAGUCCCCAGGCUCCUGUACGCAGGUGAAAGUGUUCCUAUGCUGGGAUUCCAUUGCUGGGCCCCUGUGUAUGGAGGUCACCUGGCCCCGGCCCCCUGUCCGGUUCUUAGCCUGACCCCGGGCCCCCAGAUUAAGCCAUGCAAGUACGGGGCUCGUGGUGUAGGGCCUCGCGGUGAGGCCUCACGGGAAGGUUUUACCUUGCGGUGGUCGUUCCCCAUUGGGGAGGGGGGGGGGUGCUGGGGACCGGUUCAGGUGCCUCAGCCGCCACGAAUUGGCGUGGCGGGGGAACACCCCGCGGUGGUGGCGAUGGUGGAGGUCGCGGCUAAAGUGGGGUGCAAGCAGAAACUACAGGACAUGACGGAUCUGAGAGGAACACGGCCCCUGAACCUUCCAGAGUGGACUGAUCAGACUGGGUCAUCAAAUCUGACACCUGCGGCGGGCGUGCCCGGACGCCGUACGAUAAAGCGAACAGGGCCGUCCACUACCCUAUUACCCGGGGGAGUUGAGACGAACCACUACGGGUCGGUGCGAUCGAGGAAUGUGGCGGAAAAGGCGGAGAGGUCCAAGCGGAGCUUGGAUGGGGAAUAUGGAAACUUGGAGGAAUUGACGGUGCGAAAGCGGCCCCGUGCAGAGCGGCCUCGAGAGCCUCAGUGCGCUGGUGUACCGAGGACAGUCGCCCAGUCUUCCGGGGUGCGGGGCGCUGUAGGGACACCAUCACAAUCUGCUAAGGCUGAUGAGCGUGGUGAAAGAGUGAGCUGUGUGGGGGGGACGGUCCCCCCGGUGGUGCUGGAUGGUCUGUUGGUGCCAGUCCCUGUCGAAGAUCUGAGCUGCGAGCUGUGUGGGUGGAGCCUGGGUGCGGUAGGGGGGGCGGUGGCUCACUUCGCAGCCCGCCACCCUGCUGUUCCGCUGCUCUACCAAUGUCGUACAUUGCUCUCCUUUCUCUACCUGGUUCAGAACGACGUGGUGCAGGAUUAG